AUGCCCGAAGAUGCUCUGCAUCCGGCUCCACAGCCGCAGCAGCGCUCACGACCGACCAACCAAGCGACCGAAUCUCCAAACCUCAUCGCCAUCGGCUCUGCCCAGGGAGGGGCUGCUGAGCCCAACAUCGGCCUCCUUUUACACUCUCGCCGUCUGCGCCUAGCUCCCGCCCAGAGCUCCGAGCUGCCGGACGCCUUCUUUUUUCGUCCUCAUCGCCAGAGCCAAUCUCGAGUCGGGCCCGGCUCCACGUGCGGCGACGAGACGCCAUCGACGAAAGGCCUGGGUGUCACAGCCGUAGCGAACAAGCUGCCAGAGCGUGAGCACGCGACUGUGUCUUCGCAUUCCAGUACUACCAUGAUGCAAACUGUCAACUACUGCAUCAGCCCCUCAUCUAUUAUCCAUCUGGCCAAUACACCGCCGACGAUAAAAGAGAAAGGAAUGACGCUCAUGUGUCUCACCACCAAUGACCACCAUCUUGGGUCGUUAUGGUGA